ACUGACCCAGGCGGUCACAGGCUCCUCCCACUCUUCCCUGGCCUUGGAAAGUCUUCUCGCCAGGAUCCGCUCAGGGAGGCAGCCUUGAGAGAGGAAAGUGUUGUUGAGGCCAUCUGAACUUUAUGCGCUUCUUCCAUGUUAAGCCCGUGACAGCCUGCAGCCUGUGUAUAAACUUCAGAUUCAGGUGGAAAGGGAUGGAGAUCUCUAGAUGGAGAUCACUGGACUCGUGCAAGACAAGCCUUGUAAGUGCCUUUGCUUGUGAAGCCUGCCGCCCACCAAUUUGGCCUGCCUCUUUCUUCUGGCUCUCCUUGCCCUCCGUGUGCUGGUUUUGAGUAUCACCUAGGGAAGCUCCCAAGGUCGCAGAUCAACACAUUUUAUGGUAUUUGAUAUCAUAUACACAUUUGGAUAUUUGUUACAUUGUUGUCCCAUUCCAAACUGAGAGGCUUGGAGCUUAAAGAGGUUAACUCACCUGCCCAAGGUGAGGGAUUGAUCUAACAGGGCUGGGAUACAGAUGCAGAUCAUCUGUCCCCUGAGCAUCCACGCAGUCUUGGCCACCUGGACACGUGCUGUCUCCAUCACUGAGAACCUUGGGUCACUUGAACACUGCCUUCUGCUCUAACAGAAUGACUGCCCUCAACUUCUUGACAAGAGGUUGAACAGCAGUUUGUAUGACCAUAUUUAGAGUGGAAGUUUGGAUCACUGAUCUGCUCUCAGCGUUAGAGAGGCAAAUCUUUGACUUCCUUGGCUUCCAGUGGGCACCAAUUCUUGGAAAUUUUCUACAUAUAAUAGUCGUCAUAUUGGGUUUGUUUGGAACCAUUCAGUACAGACCUCGAUAUAUCGUGGUGUACACAGUAUGGACUGCCCUCUGGGUCACCUGGAAUGUGUUCAUUAUCUGCUUUUAUUUGGAAGUAGGUGGGCUCUCUAAGGAUACAGAUCUGAUGACAUUCAACAUUUCUGUGCACCGGUCGUGGUGGCGGGAACACGGGCCUGGCUGUGUCCGAAGAGUGCUGCCUCCGUCCGCCCACGGCAUGAUGGAUGAUUACACGUACGUCUCUGUCACAGGCUGCAUUGUGGACUUCCAGUACCUAGAGGUCAUCCACAGCGCUGUCCAGAUACUACUCUCUUUGGUUGGUUUUGUGUAUGCCUGUUAUGUGAUCAGUAUUUUCAUGGAAGAAGAGGACACCUUUGAUUUCAUAGGUGGACUUGAUGCACGCUCCUACUACCAGGAUCAUGUUGAGUUAAAGCCUGUUAACCUGUCGAAAUAAGUAAUGACACUGACUCUGAAACACGGCUGCUGAACUUGAGUUAGGAAGCAAAGCACCACUGAGAGCACCUCUCUGCAUUGGCACGUCUCACUUCCUCCCAGAGGACGGACCGCGCCUCCCUACUUCCCCACGAAUCCCGGAGUUCUUGGGUCACAGCCUAUGUAUUAUUAGCAUUGUUCACUAGAUGAGUUGUAGGUGACUGGGUGGGUAUUUUUCUAAGUCAUUUUCUUCUUAUAUGAAUACUUGUAAAUUAUUUUAAAAA